UACCAAAAUGUCAAGUAACAUACGUUUUGCGGAUCGAUGUGAUGAGAAAAAUAAAGCUCUCAAAGCUAUUCUUCCAGAAUUCGUCCUCUGUCUAAGAGAUUUCUCUCUUAGGCUUUAUGUAGAAGGAAAGGGAAAGCUGACGGAGGACGACUAUCUUAAAGACUGUUUACAACAUCAGAAAGAGAUGGAUGAAAGUUAUAACAAACCAAGAGAGUGUAUUCGAGAUUUUUUUUCGAGUCGAAAAUGCUUCACAAUGCCAGUUCCAGGUGACGAUGAAAUUCUAGAGAACCUUGAAACUCUCGAGUUCGAUCAACUGUCCAAGCGUUUUCAAGAAGCCACGGUCCGUUUUGUGUCGUAUAUUUACAGCAAAGAUCCAAAGGAACUCAUUGUGAGCAAACCUGUAAACGGGAAAAUGUUUGAAGUUCUAACGACACAGUAUGUUGAAGCGCUUAAACAUGGUGCAGUACCAGAUGUAGACGAUGCUUUUACUGCCGUGGCUAAAAUAGAAAAUGCUAGAGUAGCUGCUGAAGCAUUAGAAAUAUUUGAAUCUCAGAUUAAAUCGGUUAAGCUUCCAAUACCAACAGCAACAUUGAGAGAUCUUUACAAAAACGCUCAGCAACAGGCAUUGGACUUCUUGAACCCAAAAGUUGUACAUGAUGGAAAGAACACCUGUAAAAAUGAAGCAAAGAUGAAAAUGGACAAUAUCUGGGAAGAAAAAAAGGAAGAGAACACCAAGAAGUUACAUGAUUUAUGCGAAAUCACUAUAAAACAGAAAAAUGAAGCUAUUCUUGAACCAAACAUCAAAAAUAACGCAUACAAUAAGGCCGGAGGAUUUAGACACUACAAACGUGAUAUUGAGCGAAUGAGGGAAGAAUACGUUCAUGCGCUUAAUGAUUUCGAUGAGCAUGAGGUCUUGGGGUCAUGGCUUGAGUUUGUGCAGCAAAAGAGAGAUAUCGAAAACAUAAUUAUUGGAACAGAUGAUGCUUUGACGGAAAAGCAAAAGCAAGAAGAGAAACAGCAGAACAAGCAGAUGAUAGAAAAAUUAACAAAAGAACAGGAUGAAAAAUACAAGGCGGAACUUCAAAAACAGAAGAAAGAGCUGGAGGAUCAGCAUAAGAAAAUACAAGCAGAUCAGAAAGCACAAAACGAUAAAGACAACGAGAGAUUGGAAAAGCUUUUAAAUCGAAUAAACUAUCUCGAAGAAGAAGACAAAAAGCGGAAGGUAAAAUUAGAAAAUCUCGAAGAAGAAGACAAAAAGCGGAAGGAAAAAUUAGAAAAUCUCGAAGAAGAAGACAAAGAGCGGAAGGAAAAAAUACACAGACUCGAAGAAGAAGACAGAAAGCGGAAGGCAAAGGGAUUCAUUGGUAGGAUGUGGUCAGCAAUAGCAGGAGAAUAAUUGUACAGAUAUGUUGAACACAGUUAUCACAACACUAACCACUUUGUUUUGGAACCACGUUUAAGGCCCGUCUAUUUGUCACAAUACAUUUACAUUACAUUUCAGUAAUAUAUAACAAAUAUCUUGUACUAUUUUUAACAUGUACAUAUAGUAGUUUUUGGCCAUUUUAAGAAAACGUAGUUGUUAGAAAUAAAGAUAUGUCGAUAGGUUAGUAAAACUGAGAGAACAAAAACAUGAAAGGAAGGAAGAAAAGAGAACACUACCGUGGUAUGUAGAUUUUGUUGUUUAAAGUAAGGGGAUGAAACAUUUCCAAUCGUUAUUGAAAAUAUCAAGACGAUCGUUACGGAACGCUGUAUAUUUUUCUACUUUUAAUCUGUUUAUCAGAUUUUGUUUGAAUUAGUUAUUUCUGGUACUAUUUUCUUUAUUUUACAUUUACAAGAAAACAUACGCAACAGACAAUACAAGACAGACAAAACAACCAGUUGAAAAUAGGGGCACCGCCUUGGAACGGUCAGUAACCUAAAUAAAGGAAACUUUGGGUUUAAACGCGUUUAGGGCAUACCAACCUCACACUUGCCCUAUAUUCAACAAGUUAAACAACACAAUGUAAAUAAAUCCCCGCUGAGAAAGGCUCUAACAUUAGUGCAAAAGUAACAAAUAAAUAAAGCAAAACAUAAAAUUAAGGUAAAUUUAAGGUACAAUUACACAAAUGUACUCAACAACUUGUCUGAAGUCAGAGCAACAAGAGCCUAACUUUUAAGGGCACGACUAAGAAAACUGUAAGACAAAAUUCAACUCCCUCCGUCCGUUGUAUGUAGGAUUUAGGAGAAAAGCAUCAUGGAGUUCUACACUUUAUUAGUCAACGCACCAUCAAAUAGGAAAGCGUAGCAAUUAACUGUAGAGGGGUCAAUCACUAAACAUGCACUGUGCUUCACGAUUUUCGCAACGUAUCCUCUUUUUUUAAUUUUAGUUAGGUUUUUAUUCAAGUAACAGGAUUUUGUUGUUUCUAAUAAUUUAUAUAAGUUUAUUUCAUCUGGUGUAUCGUUUAUAUCAAUUGUUCCUAAUUUUAUUUUCCAUCUUUUUGGAAUUGAUGCAAAUAAUCUAUAAUAGUUUAAAAAAUCUGAGUUAAGUAUAUGAUAUUCGUUUUUUAAUAUAUCAAAUGUUUUCAAUUGUUUAGUUUCCAUGUCGUAGAUGACUUUAAUAAAAAUUAUAUUUUUCUUUAUUCAUAAAGGGAAAUUUAUUAUUAAUUUAUUAUUAAUGAGCUAAUUAUUCCAUAUUAUUUGCAUUGUUUUAUUU